AUGUUGCUCUCUCGCAUCGUGCACUUUCUCACCCAGGCAUCCACGCUUCGCCGUUGCCCCCAGCCACAACCCUGCGAGGGUCUCACUCUAAAAGCCAGCAGCAUCCCCGACAUCAAGAUUCUCUCUCUCACCAGCCACGAAGUCCACAACUACCAGUCCCCCUACACCCAAGGCCAGAAACUCGACUUCUGCGACGUGCCGGUCACCCUCACCCACGCCAACGAAUCCGACCUGGUCCAGCUCUCCGUCUGGCUACCGUCCCCCUCCGCCUGGAACGGCCGCUUCCUGGCGACCGGCGGCGGCGGCCUGGCCACCGGCUACAUCGGGUAUGCGCAGCCCGCGGCCGUGAUCCAGGGCUACGCGGCGGCGGCCACGGAGGGGGGAUUGACACUGAACGGCACAAUCGACCCGCAGACGGGGCAGUGGGGGUUACGCGCGGACGGCACGCUCAACACGGCGCUGCUGACCAACUACGCCCACCGCUCCGUCCACGACCUGGCGGUGCUGGGCAAGGCCCUCACCACCGCGCUCUACGGCACCGCGCCGCGCUUCUCCUACUGGCACGGCUGCUCCACCGGCGGCCGACAGGGGUUCGUCGCCGCCGCGCUCUACCCCGCCGACUACGACGGGAUCCUGGCCGCGAGCCCCGGGAUCCACCUCCCCGAGCUGUUCGCGUGGCUGCUCUGGCCGCCGGCGCUGAUGCUGAACGCCUCCUCGGCCUCGCCGCCGCUGCCACCGCCGCAGUGCGUGUUCUCCGCGUUUCAGCGGAGUAUCAUCGAGGCGUGUGACGCGCUGGACGGGGCGGCGGACGGGCUCAUCUCCGGCUCUGGCAACUGUCCCUUCGACGCGAGUGGGCUCGUGAAUACGACGAUCCCCUGCGCCGAGACCAAUACCUCCGUCACGAUCACCGAGCAGCAUGCCACCCUCGUGCAGGCGAUCCUGGACGGCCCCGUCGACCCGGCCACCGGCAACACCCUCUGGUACGGCCUCCCGCCCGGGGCAUCCUUCCGCGGCACCGCCGAUACCACCACCACCACCACCACCACCACCACCACUAACGGAACCCACCCAACAACAGCAACAACACGAAUAAACCCCUUCCUCCCCGCCGUCAGCUGGCUGCGCAACUUCCUCCUCAAAAACCCCACCUACAACAUCUCCACCCUCACCAUCCCCGGAUUCGUGGAUGCGGUGCACGCCUCGCGGGAGCAGUUCGGCGACCUCCUGUCCAAAGAGCAGCUGGGGCUCGAGGGCUUCCAGCAGGCGGGCGGGAAGCUGCUGGCGUGGCAUGGGCUAGCGGACGAGAUCGUGCCGCCGGCGGGGACGGUCAAGUACCGGGAGAUGGUGGGGGAGGCGUUUAGCGAGCCGAAUGUCGAGGUGGAGGAUUUCUUUCGGCUGUUCCUGGCUCCCGGGGCGGGCCAUUGUGGCGGCAAUCUCGGCGUGGGGUAUGGGCCGGUGCCGGUGGAUGCGCUGGGGGCGCUGGUGCGCUGGGUGGAGGAUGCGGUUGAGCCGGAGACGUUGUUUGCGGAGGUGACCGGGGGUGGGGGGAGAGUUACCAGGGAGUUGUGUUUGUGGCCGGGGGUGUUGCGGUGGGAUGGAGAGGGGGGGUUGGAUUUGGCGGGGAGUUUUGGGUGUGAGGAGUAG